GAAGCAGCAGCAGCAGCAGAAGCAGUAUCAGCAACAGUAGCUCCGCUCGCUUCGUGAAGUUUUUUGUAUUUAUGAAAACAAUCGUUUGAACCGUCGCAUUAGUUCGAAUCGUUGAUAAAGUUCGCGUUACACGUUCGUGUUCGUGUUCGUCGUUGAAAGUUCGAGCAGUGACGGGUUAUAACCUUAAACUAAGUGGCGGUCACGGUAGUGUCGCGAAAUACUCUCGUGGUGGAGCAGACUCGUCCCGAUCGUUCGAGCAUCAUUGCCUAGUGAUUUCGUGGCGUGUCGAGACGUUGUUCGGGAACAGAGAGGUGUGAAAAGGAAAGUGCAUAGUCAUCGAUGUGAGAAAUCGAGGCUAGGAAAAAGGCCCGCCGCAGCAGGAGGGAGAGAGAGAGCGAGAGAGAGGAGCUGUUCGUGGGUACGAGAGGCCGAUACACCGAGCCGGGAAUUUCGACGAUCGUAGCUCCGUUAGGGAGCUCCAGGGGUGGCAACGGUCUCGUUAGGAGGUGUCGAAGCUGGCGCGUGGGGCGGGAGAGACAGCGGUGGUCUGGCUCUGGUUCCGGUGGUAGCGGCGGAAGCGGAAGCCGUGACAGCAACAGAUCAGAGGGAGAGACUUGGAAAGACUGGUGGUACCCGCUGGAGAAGAAGGUUCGGUCAUCCUCUUCUCGUUCUUCUUUCAUCUCAUCCUCCCGUUCCUGGUGGUGCAAAGCUCGAGGAUCUGCUCCAUUAUUGUCCACCGGAAGAAGCGUCGUCGGCGUGACACUGGGCUCCGACUGCCUUUCAGCGAAAGGACAAAUUAGAUAGAAGUUAACCAAUUCCUCGGACACGACGUUCUAGGUUCCAUUAAAGGGUGAAAAUAAUAUAACCUUUCCGAGACACAUCUUUAUCAAACGUUUCAGCGGAUUCUCACUCGAGGCACAUCACUAAAAUAGGCAUCAUGAGCGAGCUAGAAACCCUUCGUCAGGAGGCAGACGCUUUAAAAAAUGCCAUCCGAGAUGCUAGGAAAGCAGCAUGCGACACGACGUUGGUCCAAGCCACGUCGGGCAUGGAGCCGAUCGGCCGGAUACAAAUGCGGACCAGACGCACGCUUCGCGGUCACUUGGCCAAGAUUUACGCGAUGCAUUGGGGCAGUGACUCAAGAAACUUGGUGUCAGCGUCGCAGGAUGGAAAGCUGAUCGUUUGGGAUAGUUACACCACCAAUAAAGUUCACGCGAUUCCUUUGCGCUCCUCAUGGGUAAUGACCUGUGCGUACGCGCCAUCAGGUAGUUACGUGGCCUGCGGUGGGUUGGAUAACAUUUGUUCCAUCUAUAGUCUUAAAACUAGAGAAGGAAACGUAAGGGUUAGCAGAGAGUUACCAGGUCAUACUGGUUACUUGUCGUGCUGUCGAUUCUAUGACGACAACCAAAUUGUCACCAGUUCUGGGGACAUGACUUGCGCCCUGUGGGAUAUAGAGACUGGCCAGCAGUGUACUUCCUUCAUUGGUCACACGGGCGACGUAAUGUCCCUAUCCUUGGCACCGGACACGCGCACAUUCGUAUCCGGUGCGUGCGAUGCGAGCGCAAAAUUAUGGGACAUUCGUGAAGGAUCUUGCAAGCAGACCUUCCCUGGUCAUGAAAGCGACAUAAACGCUGUCACGUUCUUCCCGAAUGGAUACGCUUUCGCGACGGGUUCGGACGAUGCAACAUGCAGACUGUUCGAUAUUAGGGCAGACCAAGAGCUGGCGAUGUAUAGUCACGACAAUAUUAUCUGCGGUAUUACCAGCGUAGCGUUCAGCAAGAGCGGAAGAUUAUUGUUGGCCGGUUACGACGAUUUCAACUGCAACGUAUGGGAUUCCAUGAAGGCGGAACGAGCUGGAAUUCUUGCUGGCCACGAUAAUCGCGUGUCUUGCCUGGGCGUUACGGAGGACGGUAUGGCGGUAGCGACGGGUUCCUGGGACUCGUUCCUUCGUAUCUGGAACUAACUUGGGGCUGACCCCAAGACGUUCCUCCAAAGAACCAAAUGCAGCCAAUCAGCAUACAGUAUAAGCAUCAAGUACCACCAUUUGGCCACCGAAGUCGGCGUGUCCGUAUCCUCGAACGAGGCGAAUUACUCUUCAGCCUCGCCGAAGUUGACGUUGAUCAGAAAGUUCGGGCAAUCUGAGAACACCAGGAACAACAUCGGUAGUAGCAGCAACAGCAUCAACAAAAACAGGAAAAUGAUAACCCAAGGAAGUAACAGCAGUAACAGUAGCAGCAGCGACUUUAAGAACGUUUUGGGUUGUGCUGGUAAAAAGGACUACCGAAGACGCGGCGUCGAUUUAGCCUUGCGUCGCGGCAGGGUCGGCGAUAAAAUCACUCGUGAAUACCAGCGCUUCUAGCAUGAGUUUAAUAUAUCGUUUGUUCGACACACGAGAGGGAAGCGUGAGAAAAGGAAGAACGACAAAACGGAGAGAAGCACCAAGGCAUAUGAGACAAAGCCAAAAAUCUCUCCGGUCCUCGUGCACGCGUACACACACAUACACAGAAACAGACACACACUUCCUUUUUAUCCUGCCCCUCACCCCUUCCUUUUUCAAGGAUCACUUGGCGAGCACGUGCUGUUGAUUACACGCAUAUUUCGAUCAUUCGAAGAUCGAUAAUCGACGACACGAGGACGACACGUUGAAACUCGCGAUGUCGUUGGAAGCGUUGUAUCCUGAACAAAAUGGUUCCGAGCGUUCACUGCCGAUGAAGCGCCGAGAAAAUCGGCUGCUCCGGCGGUUCAUUUAACAUAUAUUUCUUUUUACUAUCUAUCCCUUAUUAUUUUGUUUCUUCGUUUUCUUGUUCUUCGGCAUGGCACGAAGCAACUCGCUCGUGCGAAACAACCAAAUACCGGGCGAAAGAAACGAAAACGGUCGCUCGUGCAGGGCAGAAAAAAAAAGUCAAACAUGAUCAUGGGAAAAAAAAAUACCUAUUAUAUAUUGUACGUAUAAUUAUAUGAAUCGUGUAUAUGUCAAUGAACAGGCAAGGUUACGAUAAACUCGCAUAUUGCAUUGAAAACCUACAUGCACACCGUACGCACGUGUAUUAAUACGAUUAUAUAGAGAAAACUACAUAUACAUACAUUUGCACAGGAACGCGAAGUGUACCGUAAACGGAAGGCCAUUAAGUACAUAGUCGGGUUCAUCCACGAGUCCGGGCAAUACAAACUCACCGUUUCUGAUAUAUCAUGUUUUCUCACUUUUUACCGUGUUUUUCUUUCAUUUUCCAUCGUUUGUUUCCCGUUUCAAUUUCGACGAAUUUGUCGGGUAUAUUUCACGCAACCCCCCUCUACCAACGAGGGUGGUUUAGAAGAGGGACGUUAAAAGAAACAUAAACAAUUGGCGCGAGUAUCGUAUCGUCUUUUCUGACUAUAACCGCCGCGUUUGCACUGAUACCUUUAAUUUUUAUAUAGAUUUAUCAUUAUUUAUUUUGUAUAGAUCACUGCUAUAUAGGCCAUUUUCUACGUUCUUGGUUCUUUCCUUGAGAUUGUUGAGUGAAUGUUCGAGUUAAACCGGAGAUUGUUAGAGAGUGAACGGGUUUUGUUCGGAUAUGCAAGAAUGUGCGAAAGGUCUCGAUGGCGCGGAAGAACAUUUUGCCAAUGAAAACGAGAAACUCUAUAAAAGAAGGCGAAGAAAAAUUGAUAUUUUUUUCUUUUUUUUUUUUUAAAUUCUUUAGAAGCAUACAUUUCAUCGAAAUUCGAAUCGUCGCGUAUGAAAGGACAUCGAUUAAAAUAAAAGGAAACUAAAAACGAACGAUAAGACGAGUUAACGAAAGAAAGAAGAAAAGCAACAACACGAAGAAAUAUCCCAAAUUCUGUGACCAGCAUUUAAGUACGAAACGGAAGAAGGAAAUUAUUUAAUGUGAACGUGUAAUCGUUUAGUUUGUAGCCUCUAUUCCCUGUUCCUCUUUAGAUAAAAACAAGAAUCAAAGAACAGCGAGACCGAGAAGAGUUCCUUCUAACUCUCGCCGAAAAGCAGAGUCCCGCAUCUUUCUCUAACAUCGAUCCAGUACCGAACAAUCCUCGAACGUACGAGGAAUGCACGUGUUCUCGACGAGAUAAAUCGUCCUAGAAGUUCCUUUGAAAUAGGACCCAAAGAAUCAUGGAUCGAAGCUACGGACCGCGAGACCAAACUCUCUCUUUCUCUUUCAUCCUCAUCCUUUCUUCAACCUUAUUUUCUCUUAGACGAUCUGUACGUUUCCCAUCAUCUUACAUGUAUUUUUUUUCUUCUUUUUUUAAUCGCCCUUUAACCAUUUCCAGACAGUGAUACUAGAUGUCCUGUGGAUCAUCGAAAAGGGUUAACAGUCUAAUUCUUCGUCAUCAUAUCCUGCGUUCCUUCAUCUUUUCCCUACACUGCUCUUCUUUUCGUCGAAACAAAAGCUAGGUGUUUAAACUGUGUAUGCAUUUAAAGUAAUAAUAUUAAUGAUAAUGUUUAAUAUUACUAUUAAUGAUGAUUGUAAUUUAUAAUUAUUAAUAUUUAAUAUAUAAGUAUCUAAGGAGAUAACAAUUGAAUCCACUUGUUCGGUACCGAAGGAUCACGGUCCUACCGCUUUCCGGUAACCACGCUGGUAUAAUAUUUCUUUUUUUCUAUUAAAUUCUUCUUUGUUUUUUCAGUGACACUGUUGCUGUUGUUGUUGUUGUUGCGUGUAACGUUCGAGUAAUUGAAAAGGGUGUUACCAGACCGUUUCGAUGACUUGAAGAAAAUCUCAACCACAUUCUUUGAGCUGUUUUUUUAACGCAAUUGAAUGAAUCGACGAAAAAGAAGCGUGGCUUCCGGAACGCGUGAAGCAACAGUUGUUUUCAUGACAGAACAAGUACGUAAUCUGAUUAAAAACUGUUUAUGGUACAAUCUUCAGAAGUCCCUUCUGAAAGAGCUUGUUAUUUUACAUAGGUGAAGAGAAAAGGAAAGAUUUUUUCUUUUAAUUUUCAUUUUUCUUUUUCGAUAUGAAAUCUGUUCGAUUAAACUCGCUUAUGUUACACUUGCCUUCGUAUCUUCUAGCGACCAAUUAGGCAAAAGGAAGCAACAAAAAAAUGAUCUCUUCUUCGCACCAAUUUAAAAACGAAGUCUUCUUCCUUCGAUCUUCACUUUAACCCUUUGCUUUGUAUUAAUCGCUGCAUUGUUGAGGCAAUCGAGAAAUAUACAUUGGAUUUUAUAAUCCUUAACUGAACAAAUUAUAUGAUUGAAUCUAAAUUGAAAAAAAUCAACCGUAGUACAAAUACAAUGCAGAUUUGUUACAUUUCAAUUGUUUUAAUAUUAUUUAGGCAAAGGGUUAAUCUUCGUGCGAGACGUUGAAGGAAGAAGAAUAGCUAAAUAAAUGAAAAGCAAAAAAAAAAAAGUGAAUUAAAAACAUGGAAACGGAGGAUCUGUGCUUUUUGUAUUUCGCGAUUCCGUGGCCUCUCGGGAAGGCUUUCCACUUUUGUAUUUCGAAGCCUCGAGCCACCGAAGCAAUAUGGUUUCUUAUUCUUUGUAUGAAACAAAUAUAUAUAUAUAUAUAUACACAUAUACAUAUACAUACUGUCGACAAAAUAUAGCAUGCAAAAUUAA